GAUUCACGAUGCAUCGAUGUGUUUUUACAUCACUAGAGAGAAUGGCUUCUUGAACAUAACGGCACUUGAUUGGCGAUAAAAAAAAUUAGGUUUAAUUUUCACGUGCGUUUACAACAUAAAAAAACUGAAUGUAAUAAGAUCUGUAACAAAAAUGAGAGAAGAGCAGAUCUUGAGACUAUGGCGGCAGAUGAAGAAGAAACAUGGCGCAGACAGAUUAUCGAAGCACGAAUGGAAGAUCUUACGCGCAGACUUCCUAACGAGUUGGAACACACUAACAUUCGAUAAGUUUUCUAAAGAUCAAUUGGCCGAAGCUACUUUGCGCGAAGAACUGCAAGAGACGACUCGGGCGUACUCUGGCCUUGAAAAAGGACUUGCAUCGCGUCUAUCAACGCGUAGACGAAGCACUAAACUUGAGACCAACCCGAUAGCAACUUCUGAAGGAUCUAUUCCGCCUGCUCAGGAGAACACUGGCUCAUCACAGCGUAAGCCCAGUUCGCUUCCUUUGGUCCUCCUUGGGCUUGAAAAGGACCAAACGCAAUCAUCAAAGCCAAGCCGCAGCGCGGUCAAAGCUCGGACAAAACCAGUAGCAACGCCUGACAAAUUAAUUGCGCUUCCUCGAGAGCCCACUAGCCUUGAAAAUGUAAUUUAUAUCGUAAAGGGUGACCAAUCGCGAUUAUUGAAUCGUAGACCCAAUUCCAGAGGUACACCAAAACUGGCACCGACUACUGACGGACACAUUGAGCUUGAAACAGGGGACCAAAAGCGAGCAUCAAAGGCUAGCCAAAGCAGAGUUAAAACUGAGGUUAAAUUGUCAGCGAUCUCUGACAGCUCUGUUCCGCCUACUCAGGAAAUCACUGGCUCAUCAAAGCGUAAACCCAUGUCGCUUCUUCUGGACCACUCGGAGCCUGAAAGCACGGACCAAUCGCAAUUGUUGAAUUGCAGGCCCAGUUCCAGGCCUAGACCAAAACUGGCACCGACUCCUGACGGACACAUUGAGCUGGAAAAAAGAGACAAAAAGCGAGCACCCAAGCCUACACAAAACCCAAAACACAAAAAAUUCAUGAGUGAGGUAAAAUCGGCAGCGAUUUUUUACAGCUCUAUUCCGCCUACUCAGGAGCACACUGGCUCUUCACCUCCUCUAGACCGUGCUGGCACUGAAAAGGGAGAAAAAUCGCAGUCACCAAAGCAUAUAACGAGUUUGCUUCCUCUGGAUUUACUUGGGACUGAAAAGGGGGAUCAAUCAGGAUCAUCAAAGCAUACCUCUGUUAAACCACGGACAAAAUCGCCGGCGACUCCUGACGGAGAUAUUCCGCCAUCGACUCUUAAAGGAUCUAUUCCGUCCAGCCCUGUACUUGAAGAGGCGGACUUUUCGUGUUCAUGGAAGCUUACAAAGUCUCGUAAACAGCGCGAUCGCAUCUUAGAAAGGCAACGUGAAGAUGUUGAAAACUUCCUUGAUGAUGUGCCCUUGUUUGAAUUGCGGAAGCACGUAACCAAAACAAAUGGGACUGAAACUGAGGGAAAAAAUAAUAAAACCAUAGAAAACAAUAGCCCCUCAAAGUCUCCAGUUAAGCGUAAACCAGCAGACACCAUACCAAUCCCACUGCAGCCAAUCAAGAGAAGGAGACAAAAACAUGUUCCAGUAAAAAUUAGCCACCAUUUGGAGAGCGUUCCUUUCAUGCCUAAGAUUGAAAUGGUUCCUGCUCCUACCGAUUUAAGCACUGACAUAUUGGAGGAAUCUGCAGAAAUAGGGAUAGCUGUGCGAAAGAUCCAAGAGCUCAUGGAUUUAGAAAAGGAAGCAGAAAUAGUGGACGAUGAUCCGGAGUUUGUCGAGAGUCCCAUAACGGCGUGCUGUACUGACAAAAAGAUCGAUUUAAGCCACGAGAACAAUGUAGAGCACACUGAGAUAAUGACUCUUUUCGAAUUGGGUGAUGAAGGCGAUCGUACACCUGAAAUAGAUCGUUGCCUGAAAAUCUUUACCACUAAAACGCCAAGUGAAAUCGACGAUCAACUGGCCGUCACAACGGAGUUCUUCGAACGGUUGCCAAAUUCGUCCACAGUCGAUUUAGAAAAGGCAGACCUCAUGGAGGAGGAGGAGGAGGUCCUUGACUAUGAAGAGGAUGGAGACGUGGACGAUGAUGUCUUGUCGGUUACGGCGACAUCUUGGGAUGACAUGGAGGAGGAGGAAAAACAACCAGAGCCCUCAAAAGCUUCAUUGAGAAAUUUUCGUAUACCUCGACUUACCAAAGAAAUACUCCAGUCGCAGCCGAAAAUAAUGUGCUCGCUGUACAACAAUGAGGCACUCAACGAAAAGGAACAAGAGGAGCCACAGAGGCAGACAUUAAAGCAACGAAAAUCAUCAGGGUCUGCUACAUCUACACCAUCUGCUUCACCAUUCGUGCCUCCUCUAGCAUUGGCGUCUGCUCUACCAUUGGAGGCUACCCCAAUAAUCCAGCCGCUGUACGACCAGAGGCAGAACAUAUUUGGCCAUAACGCGAAUCCAGUGGCUCCAGCUAUAACUUUGGCGCCGCCUCCAGCUGCAGUACGCAAUCCAACAAUACACACGCUUAACGAAAAAGCACAGAGGAAGAUAAAGGGAAUUUCACUUACGCAAACUCAAUAUUCAGUGCCUCCUUCAGCUCUAUCUAUAGCGCCGUCUCAAACUUUAGUACGUAGUCCACUAGUAAAUUCGACAAACGACCAGGAAGGGAGAAAGAUUCAUGUGAAUUCACUUGCACAAAACAUAUAUACAGCGCCUUCUCCAGCUUCAGUCGCACAAACGCUAUAUUCAGCGCCUCCUCAAACCAUAAGUCCCCGACAGGAUAACCGAACAUUGACGAUGCAGCAGGCUGCAACAGUAAUGCCAUCGCUUGGCAAUCCACGUACCCAGGCAAUUACUGCUCGGCAUGUGAUCGAACCCGUACCGAAAUUUGAUGCGCCUUAUCGUUCAACUGCUGCGACUAUGCAAACUAUUCGUACGGACAGGACCAAGUGGUUUAGUGAUGAGUACUGGAUGUUGAAUUUGUUUGGAGUCAAGUGCUUGGAAAAUCUAGACGAUGUGUGCAGCGCCCAAAGCUGUAAUCAUACAUUCACCGGCAUCGGAGAGUUAAGCCGGAAACUGAUGAGACUGGAUGUGGAUAGCCUGUUAUUCACAUAUCAACAAAUGCUAAUGCGUAGUCAACGUCUCUUCCUGACAUUCGCUCCGGUUUAUGUUGAUAUAUUUGAAGCUAAAAAUCUGCAGAACGACUUGCUGCACUUGCUGAUGGAUUGUCGAUUGUACAAGUCACUUUGUGCUUCCAUUAUUAAUAAAGCCUUUACUGCCUUGAAAAACAUGGGCUUGGAAACGCAGGCCACACUAUGCAUUAUGGAAUACCUAUGGAUGCCUCGUAAAGCGCACAACUUUACGGAAACGACGUUAACAAUAUUAAAAGUUCUUGGAUCCUCUAAUUGGUACAACUAUACUGAUAAAAUGGUAGAACUAUGCCAGAUAUAUGGGGUCAGUUUACCAACUGAGGUAUUAUUAACCAUUCUCUCGGCGGCCAACGAGAGACACGAAUUGAAAAGCGAGGCAGUAAAGUUCUUUUUGGUCAUGGGUGUGGCCCCUGAGGAAUUGAGAGAAGAGCUGACGGCUGCUAUCAAGCUAUUUGCGGAAAAAGAUAAUUAAUUCUUAUGCUGUUGAUCAGCAGAAUCCAACCCUAAUGAAGAUGUAUUUAGGUUCGGAAUUAUAACAUCCCAUCGGACUUGGUAUCAUUACGACGGUAUUGAUAUUAAAACUCAAAUUUAGAAAUUUACAAACAUGUUUGUAUUACGAACACUAUGAUAAUUAAAUAAAACAGGACAUAAGAAAA